GUUAGACAUGAUGUGUGGGUAACAGACUCGUGGAAUUACGGAACUUUGAUCUAUGAAGUGUAUAAUGGAGCGUUCUCAUCUACUAAUCAACUUGAAAAUGCUGGUGUUAUACCACAGAAUAUUCUGACUCCAUACAAACAAUUGAUAAGAGCCAAUCCAAAAUCUCGAAUUAAAAUAUCUGCUUUCAUUGAUAUUGGCUUACGCGCCGGUGGAUUUUUUCAGAAUGAUCUGGUACAAAUUAAUUUAUUUUUGGAGAAUAUGAACAUUAAAGAAGCAAGAGAAAAAGAUAUUUUUUUUAGUUUGAAUGUUUUAUUUGCUACCACUUUUCUUAUUUAUCAUUUUCCUUGCUUAGGUGGUGCAAAGGUGCUGCCUUCUAUAAUAAAGAUCGGUGAAACUCUUGAUGAUAAUGAAUAUGAAGAAUUUAUAGUGGCAUCUAUUGUAAAAAUGUUUGCUGUACCUGAUCGAACUAUGCGUCUGAGUUUGUUAGAAAAUUUAGGCUCGUUUAUUGAUCAUUUAGACAAUAAAACGGUUAAUGAGAAAGUAUUUCCCCAUGUGCCCGAUUCAGCCAUCAUACCUGAACAAAAUUCGGCAGGAAACGGCGAUACUUCGUUAUCGACAUCAGUUGCAGGUAGCGUGGUUAGUGUUGCCGAAAGCGAAAUUGCAGCAGCACCUACAAACAGCAAGAUUACCGGAGUAAACGGUGAAGACGAAAUUGUAACAACACCUACAAACAGUAAGAUUACUGGGUUAAAUUUUGAAGGCGAAAUUAUAACAGAACCUACGAACAGUACAAAUGAUAGCAUUGGUAUGGAACAGAGCGUUUCUGCAGCAACAUCACCAAUGAAGCUAGGAGGUUCUGAAUCACAUCCGACGGAUGGUUGGGAAUUAGAUGAUUUUGAAUGGAGCAAUAAUGAUGGAUGGGAUGACGAUUGGAAUACUUCAAGACCAUCACCAACAACUUCAACUAGAUCCGUAAGCCCGAUUCAAAAAUUGACGCCUUCUAUCGUCGUUUCUAAAGAAGAUAAAGCAGCAGAACUUAGCAAGAAAAGAGAAGAAAGGCGACAGAAUGUCAAUGUUGAAGGAAAAAAAGAAAAAAAAUUCAGUCCAUGUUCAGUUCAAAAUUGUGAUGCAAAAGCGUGUCGCUUUCGUCAAUUUACAAAAUUGGCAUAUGAAAAAGCCCAAAGGAAAGGAACCUACGCCUCUUAUAACUAUUUAACAGUUGGAAACCAAUUGUGUUAUAAUCAUUACAUGCGCAUUGUUAAACCUGACAGUCAUCAAACGGCAGAAGUUCCUAUCCCCUUAGAAACAGCUGAUCAUAAUUAUGAAAAAUCGGUCAAUAAUAAUAUAACUCAAGGUAACAAUAUAAUGAUGGGAUACAAAUCAAUGCAAGCCGAAUAA